GUGAAAAAAAAAAAAAAAAAAUUCAAACUUUCUUCUCCCACACCAAAACCUAAAACCCUAGGAUGGGAAAGAAAAACAAGAAUGAAUCAUCAUCAUCUGACCUACUGCAGACCCUGGGAGACUUCACAAGCAAAGAAAACUGGGACAAGUUCUUCACCAUCCGUGGUUGUGACGACUCUUUCGAGUGGUACGCUGAGUGGCCUCAGCUACGCGGCCCGCUCCUCUCCCUUCUCGGUCCUCCUUCUGCCCAAAUUCUCGUCCCCGGUUGCGGAAAUUCACGCCUCUCCGAGCACUUAUACGACGCCGGAUUUCAUGGCAUUACCAAUAUUGAUUUCUCCAAAGUUGUCAUUUCUGACAUGUUGCGCCGCAAUGUCCGGGACCGACCCGAUAUGCGGUGGCGGGUCAUGGAUAUGACUAACAUGCAGUUUACAGAUGAGAGUUUUGAUGUUGUACUUGAUAAAGGUGGAUUGGAUGCUUUGAUGGAGCCAGAGCUUGGUCCCAAGCUGGGGAAUCAGUAUCUAUCAGAGGUGAAAAGACUUCUUAAAACUGGAGGGAAGUUUAUUUGCCUUACCUUAGCAGAGUCUCAUGUUCUAGUUUUGCUUUUCUCUAAGUUUCGGUUUGGGUGGAAACUGUGUGUUCAUCCCAUACCUCUGAAAUCAUCUUGUAGGCCUAGUCUUCAAACCUUUAUGAUUGUCGCAGAGAAAGAUGAUAUUUCUGUGUUGCACCAGAUAACAUCAUCAUUCAAUCGUUCUUCUCUUGAUUGUAACAAAAGUCAGGCAUUUGGUAUUCAUGAAGCCCUUGAAAAAGAGAACCAAAUUCGUAGUGAAUACUCCAAUGGCUCCGAUAUAUUGUAUUCUCUUGAAGAUCUACAAUUGGGAGCUAAAGGGGAUCUAAAGAGGCUUAGUCAUGGUCGUCGGUUUGAGCUUGCACUGGGUGUACAUGGGGACUCCCAGUUUGGUUAUAGAGCUGUACUUCUUGAUGCCCGAGAAGACUGUGGUCCAUUCAUUUAUAACUGUGGGGUGUUUAUUGUGCCAAAGACUCGGGCUCAUGAAUGGCUCUUCUCUUCAGAAGAAGGACAAUGGAUGGUAGUUGAAAGCUCAAAGGCUGCACGUCUUAUUAUGGUCUUAUUGGACACUAGCCAUGCUAAUGCCAGCAUGGAUGAUAUCCAGAAGGACUUAUCUCCUCUAGUAAAACAGUUGGCACCUGGGAAUGAAAGUGGAGCCCAAAUACCGUUUAUGAUGGCAAGUGAUGGGAUCAAGCAGCGGAAUAUUGUUCAUCAGGUCUCAUCUUCAUUAACAGGAUCGAUAAUUGUUGAAGAUGUAGUUUAUGAAAAUGUUGAUGCUGAUAUCAGUCGCUUAUGGCCAUCCGAAGAUUUGAAAUUCCGUCGCCUUGUCUUCCAAAGAACUCAGGGUCUGGUACAAUCAGAAGCUUUGCUGAUGAAGGAUGUAUCUUCUCAUAAAAUUGUGAGUGAAACAGAUAGGAAGAAAGCUGUUUCAUCUUCCAAAUCCAAGCGAAGGGGAUUUCAAAGACAGAAUGAUGAUUCAGGCAACCGGCUGAAAGUCUAUCAUGGUUAUUUGGCAAGUUCUUAUCAUACGGGAAUCAUCUCUGGAUUUAGUCUUAUUUCUUCCUACUUGGAGAGUGUGGCAUCAACUGCAAAAACUGCUAAAGCAGUUAUUAUUGGUCUUGGAGCUGGUGUACUUCCAAUGUUUCUUCGUGCAUGUAUGCCCUUAUUGGACAUUGAGGUGGUGGAGUUAGAUGAUAUCAUGCUUAAUCUUGCAAGGGACUACUUUGCUUUUACUGAAGAUACAAAUUUGAAGGUACAUGUUGCUGAUGGGAUUCAGUUUGUUAGAGAAAUCACAAACUCUUUUGCAGCUGAUGAACUGCCUGUUCAUGGAAAUUUCGAUGCUUCUGACAACACGAGACUUCCUCUCAAUGGAAGUUGCAGUGCGUCUAGUACAAAAGUUGUUGGUAGUAGCAGAGUUGAUGUUCUAAUUAUUGACGUGGACUCCUCCGAUUCAAGGUGA